CCGCACCGCCUCCCCCCCCUCCCUCCCUCCAGCCCCGCCUCGCGGUUGCCAGGGUAACGGAGGCGUUGGAGGAGAGCGGCGCCGGGACCAGGCCGGGGCAAGAUGAUGCUGUCGCGGGCCAAGCCGGCCGUGGGGGCCGCCGCGCCGCAGGGCGACAAGCAGAAGAAGGGCAAGAAGGUGCCGCAGCUGGACGAGCUGUUGGCCCAGCGGGACUUCACCGGCGCCAUCGCCCUGCUCGAGUUUAAGCGUCAAGCUGGGGAACAGGAGGAGGAGGAGGCCGACCUGUGGGUUGGAUACUGCGCCUUCCACCUCGGGGACUACAAGAGAGCGCUGGAGGAGUAUGAGGCUCUUACCAAGCAACCAGGUUGCAACCCUGAUGUCUGGGUGAACCUAGCCUGCACUUACUUCUUCCUGGGGAUGUAUACACAGGCUGAGCAGUCAGCCCUGAAAGCACCUAAAUGUCCACUUCAGAACCGUCUCCUCUUUCACCUGGCACAUAAGUUCAGUGAUGAAAAGAAACUGAUGAGCUUCCACCAGAAUCUGCAGGAUAUUACAGAAGAUCAGCUCAGCUUGGCAUCUAUCCACUACAUGCGGUCCCACUACCAAGAAGCUAUUGAUAUUUACAAACGCAUACUGCUUGAUAAUAGGGAGUACCUGGCUCUGAAUGUAUAUGUGGCUUUAUGCUAUUACAAGCUGGAUUACUAUGAUGUGUCUCAAGACGUAUUGGCUGUUUACCUUCAGCAAGUUCCUGACAGCACCAUUGCUCUUAACCUCAAGGCUUGUAACCACUUCCGACUUUACAACGGCAAGGCUGCUGAGGCAGAACUCAAGAGCCUAAUGGACAAUGCCUCCUCAUCUUUUGAGUUUGCGAAGGAGCUCAUUAAGCAUAAUUUGGUGGUGUUCCGAGGAGGAGAAGGGGCUCUGCAGGUUCUUCCUCCCCUGGUUGAUGUUAUUCCUGAAGCCAGACUGAAUCUAGUGAUUUACUAUCUCCGUCAGGAUGAUGUUCAAGAGGCUUAUAACCUGAUUAAGGAUCUGGAACCUGCAACUCCACAGGAAUAUAUUCUCAAGGGGGUAGUGAAUGCAGCCCUGGGACAAGAAGUGGGCUCAAGGGAUCAUCUGAAAAUUGCUCAGCAGUUCUUCCAGCUUGUGGGAGGAUCAGCCAGUGAAUGUGAUACUGUCCCAGGGAGACAGUGCAUGGCUUCCUGCUUCUUUCUGCUUAGGCAGUUUGAUGAUGUCCUGAUUUACCUCAACUCGGUCAAGAGCUACUUCUACAAUGAUGACACUUUUAACUUUAACUACGCCCAAGCCAAAGCUGCCACUGGCAAUUUCAGUGAGGGUGAGGAGGUGUUCCUGUUGAUCCAGAAUGAGAAGAUAAAGAAUGAUUAUGUUUACCUUAGCUGGCUAGCUCGCUGCUAUAUCAUGAACAAGAAACCUCGACUAGCAUGGGAACUCUACCUGAAGAUGGAAAAUUCAGGAGCAUCCUUCAGUCUCUUGCAGCUUAUUGCAAAUGAUUGCUACAAAAUGGGCCAGUUUUAUUAUUCAGCCCAGGCCUUUGAUGUUCUGGAGAGACAGGACCCUAACCCUGAAUACUGGGAAGGAAAGAGAGGUGCCUGUGUGGGCAUCUUCCAAAUGAUCUUAGCUGGCCGAGAACCCAAAUUAAUUAAUUUGGAAACAGAUUGGAAUGGAUGCUGUGAGCCUUGGUUUCAAGCUGGAGAAAAAUAAAUAUGGUGACUGUGACAGAUAUUAAAUGCAACUAUUUCAUUUACUGAAGUAUAAUCAGACAGAAAGAUGAAGAGCCUCCAAAUCCAUUACAAAUUGCUUUACAUGUUAAAAGUAACUCUUUUGCAAAAAGUCUUGCAUCUCUAAAGGCACAUAGACAAAGUCAUAGGCUAAUUUUAAAUAUUAUGUUUUGGUAACCCUUGUCACAACCCAAAAUUGUGAUUUUUAUGUUUUGUGUGUGCUUCAGCACUGCUAAAUUAUUUUCCCGCUAAAUUGCAGCUUCUUUGCAUGGUGGAGUUUUCUGCUGCAGGAGAGAACCCCGGUACAACAGAGAAUUUCCCGCCAAUUUGUAGCUUUCUUUGCAUGGUGCAUUUCUUUUUGCAUCUAAGAAAUGCUCAGUGCAAAGAGUUCCCACCAUUUGUAUUGAAAUUCGAGCCACAUUAUUGGUUCACAUUAAAUUAUGCAUAUGUGGCGGCUAGCAAUUGGCUUGCUAGCCAUAUAAAGAGCUUGAGUGGUUUCCGCCCAAGUUGGAGAACUCCGAGGAGACCCCCGCAAGGGAGGACUCCAUGAACACCAGGAGGAGGAGACUUCACGCUGUGUGAAGAUCUCUAAGCGCUGCGGAUCCUUAUGGACCCAACGCGUUUCUUAAAAGGCAACAGGGGCCUGACCAGCCUCUGGCCUCUCCCUGUCGCUGAUAGAUUCCUAGACGUAUCCCUUCCUGCGCGCAAAAGAGACGGACCCACAGAGCUUCAACAACUCCGUGGGAGAGAGCGAACUUGUCGUAAUCCUCAAACGAGGAUUUAAGCGGAGCUGUGCCUGGAAAACUGUCCAGCCUACACCACAACCACCUUUGGUGUAAGUAAACAAUCUUUAAAUCAACCACUACACGUCCGUGACUAAUUCUAGCUCGCCCCAGUCUUCUCCAACCCCACAUGCCCAGGCUGCUGGCCACAGCCCGCGUGCGCAAAACGGGCCCAGACCGCUCCCAGCCCGCACAACCCUAAGUCAUUCCUAAAUGUCAUGUUUUAAUAAUAUCUUAGCCGGUUGUAACUAACCAUCUAGAGUUUAUGCAUGACCAGCUAAACUGUUUUGAUGCCUGCUUUUGUUUACGGCAGUUGCUAAGUAGUAGGGGUGUGUGAAGCAGCCCCUGUUUGAUUUGGAUUUGGAUUCAGCCUGAAUCGGGGACAGUGAUUCGAUUUGUUGAUUUGGAUCACUGUUCCUGAUUCAAUUUGGCCGAAUCUGAAGAUUCAAUGCUGAUUCGGAAAAUCAGUGAUUUGGACAGAGACACAGCUU